GUGGACAGCAAACGCCCCUGUAGCUGAAGAUGGCGACACGCAUCCCGAUUGCCUUCCGUCGCGGCCCGCGCACCAAGAAGAAAGCGAUCGACCUGAUCAAUACCUGGCACAUUUUCCGCGGUGACAAGGUUGAAAUCAUCGCUGGACCUCACAAGGGCACGCAAGGUGAGGUCGUGAGCGUUGUACGCGACCUAAACAAGGUCAUCGUGGAGAAUGUCAACAUGUCGCACCGCUACGUGAAGGCGACGCCUGCCGCUUCCGGCCGCUCGUACCUGUCGCCGUCUCCCAUCCACUACAGCAACGUGAACCUCGUGGAUCCGUCCAUCGGCAAGCCCACGCGGGUCGCCAUUCGCUUUACGGAAGAGGGAGAGAAGGUGCGUGUGUCCAAGAAGACGGGCACUAUUAUUCCCAAGCCAGCCAUUCUCAAGGAGCGUCACAACCCGCGACGAACAGAAACGGGCCCCUUCGACACGGCACCCGAAGACGUCUUGGAGCGCACGGUCAAGGACUGGGAGGUCACUCGUUUGUAAGCGUCACGCAGUUUCAAGUCGUUGCGAGGAGGAAAGUAAUCCGCGCAGUUGUAGGAGACCGAAGGAUUCGUGCGCGAUUCUCGAGAUAAUGAUAGACAAGAAGGAACAGGAGCACGAUGACGGUCUUCAUGACCGUUGUCGCCUAAUUUCAGUUUCGUUCUCCUAAA